AUGGAGAAUACAUGCACGGACAUUUCAUCCGCACACGGACGCGACAUCCACAAAUUGGGCUCCGCAGAGAUGGAGAGGGACGGGACCUCAGGAACGUCAACCUUCACCUGGCUGGUGGAUGCCCUCAGGGAUAGACUGCACCGGGAACACACAGAGAUGCGUGUCCCUGUGUCUGUGGAGCAGCGUGUUGCUGUUGCUGUCUGGUGGAUGGCCAACACCAUGACUUACAGAACCGUAGGCCAGCAGUUUGGUCUCAGACGGUCCAUCAUCGUGGAAGUCACACAUGCCAUGAAAGAACAACUUCUCAAAAGAGUCGUCUACCUCCGGAACCCAGACAGGGUGAUGAUGGCCUUUGCUGCCAUGGGCUUCCCACAGUGUGUGGCUGCCAUGGAUGGAUGCCAUAUCCGUGUGAAAGUCCCUGUCCACCGGGCGGAACACUACCAGAACCGCAAACACUACGCCUUGAUACUCCUGCAGGGCACUGUGGAUCACGAGGGCCAUUUCGUGGAUAGCAUCGUGGGCCUUAGCAAUAGGAACCAUGAUGCCUAUGUUCUAAUGCGCUCCAACGUCAUGUAUGCCAUGGAUGCGGGAUGGUUUGUUCCUGGUAACCCAACAUGCAUGAUUGAGGGUGUCCAGGUGCCACCGCUCAUACUCGCCAAUGCCGCGUACCCCCUUCGGCGAUGGCUCAUCCCACCCUACAAAGGUCACCUGAAUCCACGACAGGCACACUUCAAUAAGGUGCAUGGCCGGGUCCGCAAUGUUGUGGAGCGGGCCUUUGGCCGUUUGAAAGCACGGUGGCAGUGUCUGCUACUGAGGCUCCCACUGGACCUUCUGCAUGUCAAUGAUGCGGUAAGUGCCUGUGUCAUCCUGCAUAAUGUGUGUGAGGACUGUGGACAUCCCAUUCCAGAAGUGCUGCCAGAGGGGGCACGCAGGCCCAUCCAGGAGGAGGAGGAUGACCCAGAGGCAUUACGGUACAUCGCGCAGGAAAACGCAGGCAUUUUGGUACGGGAGGCCCUCACCACAUGCCUGUGUAGAUGA